GACUUGUUCUAGAGACCAGAGACUGUUCCAAUUUGUAGUAGACGAGGUGCAAGUAGUUUCACUUUUCUACUUGUACCCAUACCUUCUACAACAUCUUCCUCAAUAACUAAGUGAAACCACCAGCAACAAGAACGUCCUCUUGAACUUCAUCGCCAACAUCAACCACCACUAUGAGAAAUUCAAAUCGAAAUGUUGCCAAGGUGUUUAUUGUCUCCGGACAUCAACAUCCGUCGUGCCUGACUACAUUAAGCUUCCCAAGAAGUAGAAGAGCAUUCUCAGUACAGAGACGGUAUCGGUCGGCUGCCGCGCCCACGACUGCAAGAACGGUAGAAGACUCUGCGCCGGAGGUCUCUACUUCUACAAGUGUCGAAAAGGAGAAGCAUCCUCUUCCGAUCGAAGCCAUCCUGGCGUCAAAACGGGAAAAAGAACAAGGACUUCAGCACCAUUCGACCAAAGCUGGAUCAACCCCAUCUUCUUCUUCUUCGACGAGUAUAGUUGAACAUCAAACUACUUCUACAGCGACUUUGACCGGUUCGGCCCGAAUAAAUGCUCUAACGAAUGAUCGUCACAUCAUAUCAUCGAAUCAUGUAGAUCGCUAUCGCAGAUACCUUCCAACUGAAGGUGGAGCAAAAUUUCUGAUCGACGACGAGCGACUUACGCCUUCUGAAAGGCGAUGGCAGCGCUUUUUUGCAGUUCUCCCUUGGGCAACUUUCGGCAUCCUCGCAGCAACUCCAUUCUUGCUCAUGCAAUACAUUGAAGAGCAGAAGAAGAGUAGAAGAACAGGACUAGUUGUAGAGAACACUGCAACCAUAGCAUCUAGUGGUGCAACAGAAACUGCUACCGUUUCUUCUCUAGCUGGUACAUCCAGUACGACAUCAACAGCUAGUACGUCAACUGGCUGUCGUGGCUUGGAGAACAUCAAAUUCCCAGAAAUGGUCGAUGUCGUCGAAAACAUGGCAGCACCUUCCUUAAGAAUUGUUGUAACUAUCGAGCUUCUUGUAUGUGCAUCCGCAUCUUCUGAGUCGUCGAUUUUUAGACAUGACGUCCUGGUGGUCAGGAGCUCCUUCACGAAUAGAAAUAUCUAUGUAUAAUGACAUCAAACACUCACAUACACAAGGUCAAGGACUGCCACCAGGUAUAUGAGAAGUGCUGUGUGCUUGCGAGCGCGGCACGCGUGGGGCGGUAGGGUCGCGCGCGAACAUAAUAAUAAUAGUAGUUUACGAAUUUUAGUUGUAACGAAUCCUCUAACUCCGGUAGUCUUCCUCCACAGUGGCGCACUCACAUUCCAUUCUGCCUUGGUCCGUAACCUAGUCGAGACCAUUGCGGAACUUUUCCGGAAGUAUGAACUACAGUUGAGGUGCGUGGCUUUGGAUCAUACAGGGUUUCGAAAUACAGGGUCAACACCAGCAGGAGAAGGAGCAGUACCCGAGAUGAACGUGGUGGAAUCUUCGUGCCCACUAGACACCGAAUAUCCACCAGCUUGUGGGCCUUUUCUCCAGAUCAUUCGGAAGGGCGACGUGCACGACUACACUGGGCCUUUUGUUUAGGCACGAAGACAUUUAAUUCAAAACUUGAAAGGGUGCCUCGGUUCUGGUCGAGUAGCUGCUUGGUCUCUUCAGAGUAAAAAAUAUCUAUUCAGUUUUUUGAUAGAAGAGGUAGACGUAGUCUACGUGUCUCUUCACCUUCUUGCGACGUUUACUUGUCCUCUCAAAGCAUCAUUAGGCUGUGCCCCUACUGGUGGCAGGUUCGUAGGCAAUUAGUGCACAGUAAUAUAAGGAGGUAACCGGACUCCACCUGCCGCCGGUUUGCGAACUGGAUAAAGCUGAGGCCGCUCCUUCAGUAGCCCCAGGAUACAAAAAAAAAGAGAAAACUUUUUUCUGAAAUCUCCAAAUCCCCAUCCAAAUCUAGUUUGUUGAAUCAUCCACGUACUAGCUCUAAACAACAGCGAAGGACAUCGCAUUAUGGGUUCUGCAGACAGCAGGAUUAUCGCAUCUGCCUUGCGCUGACGAGAUCGUCGAGGAGGCGAUGAGGACGAUUGACCCAGCUUAUGCAGACCAAAAGGACAAGCUGAUAGAACAAUGGUUCAUCAACGAAGAUCGUGAGGAGGCAGCUCAUGGUGCUCAUCAUGGUGGAUAACGUAACGCAAGAACUACAGAGAUACUUUCAUCUUACAUACGAAUUUAUAUUAGGUUUUGCAUACAGUUCUUUUAGAUCUGAACGGAACGACUACGACACUGACUCUGCUGACGCUUUGAAGAUAACAUGUGAAAACGACUUUAACUCCUAAAGAUGAAGUAAGCCAACUUCGCCGUCUCAUGAUCAUGAUCCGAGGCCUG